GGCGGUUCCUAAGGCUUAAGAAGGGCUGAGGACGGAGCUGGCAGCCAGAAGGAGACAGCCCCGACCAGGAGCAUUCACUCACUGGAAGGAGGGAAGGAAGGAAGGAAAAGCAGCCCUUGCUGCGGGUGAUGGAGCCGGCUCCGCUCCUCCUCCUCCUCAGCUUGCUGUGGGGCUGCAGAGGACAAGCCAUGGGCAGGCUGGUGGUGACACCACAGGAGCCGGUGGUGCUGUACGGGGGCUCGGUGCGGCUGAACUGCUCCCUGCAUGCCUGCGCCGAGGGCACGGUGCAGUGGAAGGGGCUGGACACCAACCUGGGGAGCGUCACCUCCUUUUCCACUCACAGCAUCCUGCACGUCAGCAGCGCCGUGGUUGCCAUGGGGGGCACCAAGAUCUGCCAGGGGGUUUGCCACGGGCAGUACUACCAGCGCACCGUCAACCUGAGGGUCUAUGCACUGCCGGAGGGGCUGCAGCUGGAGGCCGCCCCCCGAGCCCCGGUGCCGGGGCAGCCGCUCAGCCUGCGCUGCUCAGCCCAUGGCGUGUACCCGCACAAGGGGCUGCUCCUCACCUGGUACCGAGGGUACCAGGCGCUGCCGGCGGCAGAUCUCGAUGUCACCGAGACCGAGGAGGAGCUGUUUGACAUCGUGGCCACGCUGGCGGUGGAUGGGAAGGAGGUGGAGGAAGGGACGGAGUUCAGGUGCGAGGUGAUGCUGAGAGUCGGGCAGGAGACCUUCAGCAGGGUGGCAUCGGUGAUGGUGAGCGCCGGGGCCACGCUGGUGGCCACGGGGACCCCCUGGCCAGCACCAGCUCUGACACGGAGCCCCAGCGCAGCCGCGGCCACCACAGCGCUGCCCGCAGAGCCGAGCAGCGGUCCCACCGCAUCGCAGGAGCCCGAUGCUGCCACCGAGCAUCCUCCUCCCGGAGCCACCACCACAGGCAGGGAGCAUCCGGUCACCCCAGUCCCGCUGCCCGGCCCCGGCACCACCGAGGUGCAGCGGCUGGAUCCAGCCACGGGCACGGUGCCCGCCUGCAGCCUGCGGCUCUGGUCCCUGCCUCCCAACGGGACGAGGGGCAGGGAGCUGCGCAUCGAGUGCCGGGCUCGGUGUCCCGGUAACGCCACCGUGCGCUGGCUGCGGACCCCGGUGGCUCUCUCGCAGUACCGGCAGGAGGCGGAGGGCAGCAGCUCCAUACUGCGGCUGGACCGCGCAGAGCCCCGGCACCAGGGCCACUACCAGUGCGUCCUGCUCGGACACCGCUCCCAUGCGGCCAGUCUGCACCUCGCGGUGCUGGACGACGCGUCCAGCACGGCCCCUGCCGUCGCUGCGGGGACAACGGUGUCGCUGUUGGGACUGAUCGUAGCCGGUGCUGGGGCUCAUCGCCUGUGGAAGCGAUUCCACUCUCAGUACGAGCUGCCUUAGGAGCAGGAGCCCUGCAGGCACCCGCAGCCGGACCCAUCCCUGCUGUCACCCGGCUGCGCCGCUCGCAGCGGUGGCCGCGGAGCUGGUGGGAUGCGGGAUGCUGUUGCCGGGACCCUCCGAGCUGCUCCCGAAGGCUCCAUCCCUGACCGCCGCUGCCGGGAAGCUCCGCUCGG